GGGAGAGGGUGAGCGGGGCCGGCAGGGGCCGGAGCAGCGGCGGCGGCGCUCGGACUGUCCCAUCCGCCCCGUAUUGAGGCGCUGAGAGCGACGGGGCAACCAGAAAGCGAUGGUGAAAGCGGGGCCGUGAGGGGGGCGGAGCCGGACCGGACCCGCAGUAGCGGCAGCAGCGGCGCCGCCUCCCGGAGCACAGACCCAGGAAGCGGCCGGGCGGGCAGCAGCGAGCCGCACCGCCGCCAUGGAGCUGAGGGUCGGGAACAGGUACCGGCUGGGCCGCAAGAUCGGCAGCGGCUCCUUCGGAGACAUCUAUCUCGGUACGGACAUUGCUGCAGGAGAAGAAGUUGCCAUCAAGCUUGAAUGUGUCAAAACCAAACACCCUCAGCUCCACAUUGAGAGCAAGAUCUACAAAAUGAUGCAGGGAGGAGUGGGCAUCCCUACCAUCAGAUGGUGUGGGGCUGAGGGGGACUACAAUGUCAUGGUGAUGGAGCUACUAGGACCGAGCCUAGAAGACCUCUUCAACUUCUGUUCAAGGAAGUUUAGUCUCAAAACUGUCCUGUUGCUUGCUGACCAGAUGAUAAGUCGUAUUGAGUACAUUCAUUCGAAGAAUUUUAUCCACCGAGAUGUGAAGCCAGAUAACUUCCUCAUGGGGCUGGGAAAGAAAGGCAACCUGGUCUACAUCAUUGACUUUGGUCUGGCCAAGAAGUACCGAGAUGCCCGCACCCACCAGCAUAUCCCUUAUCGAGAGAACAAGAACCUCACAGGGACGGCGCGCUAUGCCUCCAUCAACACGCACCUUGGCAUUGAACAAUCUCGAAGAGAUGACUUGGAGUCUCUGGGGUACGUGCUGAUGUACUUCAACCUGGGCUCUCUCCCCUGGCAGGGGCUGAAGGCCGCCACCAAGAGGCAGAAGUAUGAGAGGAUCAGUGAGAAGAAGAUGUCCACUCCCAUUGAAGUGCUGUGCAAGGGCUAUCCUUCUGAAUUUGCCACAUACCUGAAUUUCUGCCGUUCCUUACGUUUUGAUGACAAACCUGACUACUCCUACCUGAGACAGCUCUUCAGAAAUCUGUUCCAUCGCCAGGGCUUCUCCUAUGACUACGUGUUCGACUGGAACAUGCUCAAAUUUGGUGCCAGCCGAGCUGCAGAUGAUGCUGAGCGGGAACGCCGGGACAGAGAGGAGCGAUUAAGACACUCCCGGAAUCCAGCCACCCGUGGCCUCCCUUCUACAGCUUCCGGCCGUCUUCGGGGAACCCAGGAAGUGGCUCCCCCAACGCCCCUUACCCCUACCUCACACACGGCCAACACCUCUCCUAGGCCCGUCUCUGGCAUGGAACGAGAACGGAAAGUGAGCAUGCGGCUGCACCGUGGGGCACCAGUCAACGUCUCCUCAUCUGAUCUCACGGGCCGACAAGAUACCUCUCGCAUGUCCACCUCACAGAUUCCCGGUCGGGUGGCUUCCAGUGGUCUUCAGUCUGUCGUGCACCGAUGAGAACUCUCCUUUUUGCUGUGAAGGGCAGACAAUGCAUGGCUGAUCUACUCUGUUACCAAUGGCUUUACUAGUGACACGCCCCCCGGUCUAAACCCGAAAUGUUAACGCCGGGAGCUCUCCAGGCCACUCACCCAGCGAUGCUCAUGGGGAAUCAAAACACAAACUAAAUGGACAGGCUCCAAGAGCUGCCAUCGCCAGGGGCUGCACCGUGGCCCCAUGUGAGCUCAGUUAUCAUGGGGCUGGAAUGAAGAGCAGAGGCUGGGAGACCAUUGCAGAGAGAACCCGACUCCCUGUGAAGAGCCUCUCAGCUCCCACCAGUGGUGGCGGACCUGCACUCCCUGACGAUCCCACCGCAGCUACCAGUCUUCUACUUGGUUAAGACAGUUUUGUAUCAUUUUGCUAAAAAUUACUGGCUUAAAUCUGUGUAAAGAAAUCUGUCUUUUUAUUGUUUCUUUCUUGUCUGUUUUUGCGGUCUUAAAAAAGAUGUUGACCUUAAUCCUAAGACAUGCUGGCUUGGAGCUUCUGUGUAAAAUGGAGGCAGGCAAGAGAGGGGCACAUGUGAGUGUCAAGGAUGAUGUGUGUUUUGUUUGUUUUGUUUUCUCGUGUUGUACUGUUCACUUUGGAAAGGAAAUACUCAUCAGUUGUGUGUGUGUGCGUGUCUUGUGGGCUCCCAUCAGCCUCAUUUGGGCAUCUUGCUUACUCUUCCCCACUGAAAACUGACAAGCCUGCAGUCAUCAGAGCAGGUAGAGUGCAGCUGCCAUGGAGCGAGGGUGCAGCAGGCAUAUUCUCAGCAAAGCACUAUGGCAUGAUGGUCUUCCCAAAGGAGGCAAGAAGGAAGUCAAAACUGAAGAACUCACAUGCAGAGGCCUUGAGGUCACUGUGGACUGCUGGAGAGUUCCAAGAUUGAAAGCUGAGCUUGUGUUUCUGGUCCCUGGAGAGAGGGUUGCUGUUUUGGUAGUGUUGGUUGGUUGCCUCUAUGCCUUUGAACUCGGGAAGUUGCUAAACAGACUGAUGCCACUUAGGUCUGUCAUCACCUCUCUGCUCAGAGCCCAGGGAGCAGGCUGUCCUAGACACCAUGGUUUGCCCAAAGGGACCAGUGGCCAAAGGGAAUCAAGCCCAAAGUGCCAAGAAGCAGGUGACUGCCUACCUGAAUCUAGACCCUUCACCUCCAGAAAGGUGUGGUGCCACGAGCCUCGUGAUCUUCAGCUGGACACAUCUGCGGGCUGGGCUGCUCUGCCGCUGGCGGUUAGGAUGCCAACAUGCUCUUCCCCACCAUGUGCACCGGAUAUGAAGAGAUAGCAGGACCUGAGCUCCCUGUCUGAGAAAUGGGGUGCAGUACACGUGUGUGGGUCCAUCUCUUAUUUUCCCUGUCUGCCUGUGGAGAGAGUUAUGCUGGGUACCUGUCUCCUUGUUUCGAUUUGGGCUCUAAUGGUGCCGCCAUGGCUUCUCCUUUCUUCCCAGAAUUCCCCGGUACUGAGCACUGGCCUGGGGUGGGGGAACACACUGCUGAUGUGGUAGCAUCCCAGAAUGUGGCUGUUAGUCCUGCCAGCCAGCCAUCUGAGCCCGUGGGUGCUUCUUUCUGAGUCCUGAGCUGGUUACUCUGCAAGCAUUUUAGGGUGCAGGGACUUGACUGGGUGGGACUGUGUGUCUGGGAGUGCAGGGGGAGGUUGGGAGGGUUGGGCAAAUUUGAGAUUUUUGUUGCAAAUCCUUUAUCAGAGUUGGGCCUCCUCUCUCCAGUGGCAGGCCUGCCUGGAAAGUGUUCUUUGUAGAUAUCUGUGGUGCCGGAGGGGUAUCGGGGUGGCCUUGAGACUGAUCCAGGCUCAGCCUGGCCCUGUUGGGUUGUGCUGAGAUUAGGCCCAUUGGAAGUCCUCCAGGGUGUGGCUGACGGUUCUUGCCUAAUAUUUAAUCCCAUCAUCACUCGCAGGAAGCGUAGUUAGAAUGUGUGUAUCAACCUGUGUCUUGGUGACCAGUCUCUGAGCUGUGCGUUUGUACUACCACUGUAUUUGUGUACUUUAACAAUUGUGUAAAUAAUAAAUUCAUAAUGACUUCUA